AAAUGAAACAGGGCUGAGCAAAAUAGCGAAUGACCAAGAUGCCCUACACCCUCUCUUCUCCCCACGGCGGCGGCUGCUCCGAUCCAGCGAGAGCCGGAGGGUGGUAGGAGGCUAGGGUUCUGCCUCCUCCUCGCGCGCGGCCGCCCGCGACGAGCCUCGACGGCCUUGUCUCCUCCCCGCCCCCACCCCUGUCCUCCUCGCGCGCACGGCCCGCGGUGGCGUCGCGGCCGGCGCACCCCCUACCACCUGCCUCCAUCGCCGUUCAAAUCGAGCAGGUUAUUUGCCAUGUUGAGUGAAAAAUUGCUGCGGAGCGUAAGCGUGAGGAGGCUCCUAGCACAGCAAAGAAAUUCAGUUGGUGAGUUUUACAGAAAAUCACAAGCAUGGUGUUCGACUGCUUCUUUUCCUAAUGUUGAUGACAAGAAUGGCAUGGGCGGUCAUGCUGAAGAUGAUUUCGCACAUUCUAAGCCAGGCCAUAUAUUCCGUGGUGUGCACAGGGCAAUUAUUUGUGGCAAAGUUGGACAAGUGCCAGUGCAGAAAAUACUAAGAAAUGGACAUACAGUAACUGUGUUUACUGUCGGGACAGGUGGCAUGUUUGACCAGAGGAUAGGAGGCGCUGAAAACCUGCCAAUGCCAGCUCAGUGGCAUCGGAUAUCUGUUCACAAUGAGCAGCUUGGUGCUUAUGCUGUUCAGAAAUUGGUCAAGAAUUCUGCAGUUUAUGUGGAGGGUGACAUCGAGACCAGAGUUUACAAUGACAGAAUUAAUGAUCAGCUGAAAAAUAUACCAGAGAUCUGUGUACGACGUGAUGGCAAGAUUCACUUGAUUCAAUCCGGAGAUAGCGAUCUUAGCAAAUCAUUGGAUGAGUUAAGGGAAGGAUUGUUCUAGUUGUGAAGCUACGGAUGAUCCAGCAAAAAUAGGCAGAGAUGUUAGGUUAUCUCCUCUAGUUCAAAGUUCUGGGAGUUAUUUUGUUAGUUUAGCAGUAGUAAGUUUAUCAUGAAGGUUUGCAUGCCUUCCUAGAUCCAAAUAAUGUGCUUGCUGUUCUUUUUAUACCAUUUCAGAUGAUAGGAUGCUCUUCUAUAUUAUCGAGUAAACUCAUUGGUAUCUAUUUUUCAUUUUCUUCAUUUUCGAAGAGAACAGUACUGGAAUUACCACCCGGGUACAAAUUUCCGCAUUUGUGCUUGGAAGACACAGCUAUUCUCAGUUUUGUUUGCCCUGGGCAUUUUAUGUCCAUUGCCUCAACGCUGAUUCU